AUGACUUCACCCACGUUACCUCCGCCGCUUCCAAACGGCACCAGCUCUAGUGAUAAUGCGAUCACCAGCGACAAUGAGAUUACAGCGGCACAACUUGCCUCCCGGCUUGGAGAAUGGCUGGAGGGGACGGAACUUGGACCGCGAGAGGAGAGCUCUCGUGUCCCCCAAGAUCAAAGCGACGCGACUUUCACGUCUGGAGAGCAGACCACAGCAAGACUCGAUACAUCGGAGCAACAGGGCCACGAGAAUGACUCAUCUUCUGAUAAUGGUGAAUAUGUUACUGCCCCGCAGAGUCCUAGAGAUGACUUAGACAUUGAUGUGAAUGAUUACCGCCAAACUCUGGGAGACGCAGAGGAUAGCGUUCUUGAGGCACGCAGAGGCAGCCUGCAGGCAGAUACUGAUGACAGUGUAGUCAAUGCGAGGGUCAGAAGCCGAUAUGUUGAGGAUAGCGUCGUCAAUGCGAGAAUCAGAGACCGCUAUGUUGAGGAUAGCGAGGUCAAUGCUCCACAGCGACUUGGAUUCGACCAUACUCACUCUCGCAGAGGAGCUAGGGUGAGAUCCGCGAAUAAUUUUGACGCCUACGGUGGGCGACCACAGAAAGGAGAAUGCUUCAUCUGCUACUCUCGAGCACAUAAUUCCCGCACAUGCCCACAAAGUGCGAAGACUCGAGUUCCGGAGCUGCGAAAUGCUGAGAGAGGUGAGUGUUUCAUCUGUUACGAACAGCACAUGUCCAUUCACUGCCCCUACAACUGGAUCAAUAGACCAGGAGGAAGUGGUGAUGGUGGCGAUGGAGUAGGGGGCUUCGGCUCUCUACUUCUCAACUGA